CUUUUAUUUUGGCUUGAUGUUGUGACGUCAUAAGUCUGCGCCGCGCUCCUGCUUCUGUAUUUCAGAUCAGCGAAGAUUGUCCGCACACAGAGAAACAAACACUGGUGAAACAGCUGAGAUUCAUGACACACGGUUAUAAAGAUGGCCUUUAUUAAAGAGGAGACUGAAGAAGUGAAGAUUGAAGAAACAUUGAGUCUGAAACAAGAAGAUACUGAGGAACAAACAGACCUGAUGCCGCUGAAAGAGGAGUGUCAAGAAUUUAAUAAAAAGGAAGAACAAAAUCUGUAUGAAAAUUUUGAUUUCACAACUGGAGAAAAAACUUCUGGUUGCUCACUGACUGAAAAGACAUCCACACAAAAUGGAAGUCGCUCCUGCAUUCAGUGUGGAAAGUUUUUCUCAAGCCAUGCAUACCUUGAUGUCCAUAUGAGUAUUCACAAAGGAGAGAAGCCUUUUACAUGCAAACAGUGUGGAAGGAGUUUCACUGCCAAAGGAAGCCUUAACCGGCACAUGAUGAUUCACAUCGGAGAGAAGCAGUUCUCCUGCCAAGAAUGUGGAAAAAGUUUCUCUAAUAGGGGUCACCUUGAAGACCACAUGAGUGUUCACAAUGCAGAGAGAGCUUUCACCUGCUCUCAAUGUGGAAAAGGUUUCAAUCAAAUAAACUUUCUUAAAAAACACAUCAUAUAUCACUGUGGAGAGAAGCCCUACAUAUGUCCACAGUGUGGAAAGAGUUUUAGACAUAAAGCAACAUUGAAAACCCAUUUGAGAGUCCACACUGUAGAAAACCCAUUUGUAUGUUGUCAGUGUGGAAAGAGCUUCAGAUAUAAAGCAAGAUUAAACAAACAUUUGAGAGACCACACUGGAGAAAACAUGUUCAAAUGUGGUAAGUGUGGAAAGGGCUUCAGAGAUAAAGCAACAUUGGACACCCAUUUGAGAGACCACACUGGAGAAAACCCAUUCGUAUGCGAUCAGUGUGGAAAGAGCUUCAGAUGUAAAGUAAAUCUUACAAUGCACAAAAGAGUUCACAUUGUUCACAAACCAGAUGGACCUGAAAUGUCAGUUGCAAUCCCAUCAGUAGCACACUGUUUUCUAUUAAAAAAGUAAUAUACUGUAGAAAAUGAUGCAUUCUGGCCAUUAUCUUCCAUUUUCUGUGAUGGCAAAUUUACUGGUAAUUAAAGGGAACCUAUUAUGCCCUUUUUUUUUACUAGAUGUAAUAUAACAGGCAUCCCCAAAAUGUGUCUGUGAUUUCAGCUCAGAAUACCCCAUAUAUCAUUUAUUAUAUCACUGAGAAUUACCAUUUUUGAGUGGAAGCAAAAACAUGCUAUUUCUGUGCUUUUCUAUGAAGCUUUUAAAUGAGCUUCUCAGAAUAAGGUUUUACCUUUACAGCUUAUGUCUUGGAUAGUCUACCAAAAUAAAACGCAUAUUUGUUUUUGAUUAUCAUGGGUCCAUUCUUCAUACCUCACUUAAAGGGUUAGUUUACCCAGAUAGCAAAAUUAUGUAAU